UAAAAUAAAGGAAGAGAUAAACCCUACCUAUUAUCUUGCAAGAUUGAAAAUGCAAAUAUUAGACACACUAGUGGAGCUUCAUUAAGGUAAGUGAAUAAAAGCAUGGACCAAGAAGGUGAGCAAACUACUGAAGCAUAGAGCUUGCAAGCCGGGACGAAAUACAAGCUCACCCUAUAAAUACUCACCACCUCUCCUUCUCUAGCAUCUCACUUCUCUUCACACACACACACUCAAUUCUCCAACAUUUCCUCUUUUCUUCAAUUUUCAUAAAUGCAUUUCUCUUAUCCACCUCACCCCACCUCCAUCUAGUUUCUUGCAUCCCAAUCACUGCCCAAAACAUUUUUAAUUUCUCUUCUUGAACUUAGAUAUCAUAUAUGUAUCCCCUCUUCUAAUUUGCUCUUUCUCAUUUAUAUCUUUGUCUUCACAAGAAAACAACCACACAAAGAAAAACAAAAUAAGAAAAAAGAACAAGGGAAUAGAAGUUUUGUUUUUGUUUAUCUUCAUUCCAUAGAGAAUUGAAAAAGGAAGGGUUGAUGGCCCCAGAUGAUAGAGGAAUGAAGAACGGUGGAGGAAGAAGCGGAGGAGGAAACAGACAAGCUCUAAAGAAAGGGCCAUGGACAGCAACAGAGGAUGCGAUUUUAAUGGAAUACGUGAAGAAACAAGGAGAAGGAAAUUGGAAUGCUGUUCAAAGGAAUUCAGGAUUGAUGAGGUGUGGUAAAAGUUGUAGAUUAAGAUGGGCUAAUCAUCUGAGACCUAAUCUUAAGAAAGGCGCAUUUUCUCCUGAAGAAGAAAGAAUUAUUAUUGAGCUUCAUGCUAAACUUGGCAACAAAUGGGCUCGCAUGGCUGCUCAGCUACCUGGAAGAACAGAUAACGAGAUCAAAAAUUACUGGAACACAAGGCUAAAGAGAAGACAAAGAGCUGGUUUGCCCAUAUACCCUCAAGAAUUACAAUCACAAAACCAACAAGAAAAUAAUCAAACCCAAAGCCUUAUUUCUUCACCAUAUGAUCCCCAAAGGGCAACUUAUAACAAUACUCCCUCUCUUUCCCUUUUGGAUAUCUUCAAUCCUUCAACCCUGAAACCUCCUAUGACACAUCAAUUCCCACUUAAUAGUAACAACAUUUUUCGCGAUCCUCCUAAAGCCCUUUCCUUGACACUACCGUCAUCUAUGAGAAAUUCACAAUUUUCGUCACUGCCAACAUCUGUAGCUAAUAACAAUUAUGGUCACGGCUUGUCCAACUCAAUGCCAGUGCCAUCAUGUCAACAAAAUUAUCCAACUUUUAGCUUAACAACGAGGCCUUUUAUGGGGAUUCCUUCGAACCAAAAUGGCUUAAUCUCCGGUAUGGGUAGUAAUUCUAUUAAUUACCCCUCAAGGCAAUCGUCCAUGCCUGUAACGACUGCAUCGUCAUCUGAGAAUACAUGCAGUGAUUUUGGUUCAAGCGAUGCUAAUAAUUAUGCAAAUGUUGCUGGAUUAUCGCGAGGAAAUAGUGGAUUAUUGGAAGAUUUGUUGGAGGAGUCUCAGACUUUGACUCGGGCUGUAAAAAUCGAAGAGAAUAAUUAUAUUGAUUUAAAAGAAGAAGCUGAUUAUAAAGGGAAAUCAUUGUGGGAAGAUUAUGGAUUUGUGGAAGAAGGGACAGGAGAUCAAGAUGAAGCCAUUUUAACUGAAGAAUCAGUUUACAGCUUUGCUCAUGGUGGUGAUGUCACCUUGAAUAACAACUCUGAAAGCUCCAGCCCUGAUCCCCAUUCAUCUUCAGGGAUAUUCAUGAGAAAUGAAGUUUCAUUACAAGGAAUUAAUCAAGUGGAUGAGGAUAUAAUGUGCCUUCUUGAUAAUUUUCCGCAAGCUGUACCAGUUCCAGAUUGGUAUGACGAAACUGAUGACAAAAACAAUUCAAAUGGGAAAUCGUCAAAUAUUGGUACUGAUGCUCACAAAGCUGAAAAUCAGGCUGAAGAUUCUUCCAAGUCACAAGUGGUAAUAACAACUUCAUCAGGGCCAAAGAACCAUGAUUUAGAACUUGGAGGAUGUUGCUGGAACAACAUGCCUUCUUUUUGUUAGAAUAAAAUAAAUAAAAGGCAUUGAUAUAUACGUAAGAGAAUGGCAAAGAUUGAGGGAUUUUGAUGUCACCUCUCUUUCAUUUUUUCUCUUUUUUUUUUUUUUUUUUUUUUUACCUUAGGUUAUUGAGAUAUAGGUACAUUUGAUGAUCGAUUAUUUGGUCGUCCUGGAUUGUUUGUUGUAUUUGG